AUGUUAUUCCAAAUUAAAAUAUCUACUUCUAACAUUCAAACUAACGACCCUAAUGAUCCUACUUCUAACAUUUCAACUCAUGAUCCUAACGAUACUACUCACGACACUAACAAUAAAACUGAGUGGUGUUCUCAUUGCAAAAAAUUCAUUUCGGUUAAUGAAUUUAUGAGAUUCAGUGGAAGUAAAAUUAAAAAGUUUGCUAUAUAUAAUGACUGUGCUAAAAAAGGUAGAAUAGAGAAGAGAAAAAAACGGCAUAAAGACAUAUUACCUGACAAUAUAAAUAUUUUGCCUCUUCUUCCAAAUAUUGAAACGCCUACCAAUGAUAGUGACAGCGAAAGUAGUGAGAAUGAUCUAAUUUACAAUAUAAGUGAUCUCGAAGAACUUAUAGCCCUCAAAUUUAGAGAAGAUGAACUAGAUGCGAAUGUUAGUUUUUUAGUAAUAGUAGAAAUUGAAAAUAAAACAGUGGAUAAUGAAAUUUU